GUGCGCUUCCGGAGCUGCGCGCUGCGGGUCAGCUGACCGUCGGGACCAACCAGCGGGUGCAGCAUCUCAGCAAACAGCCGAACCGAGAGCCCGAACAGCCGCCGCUCCUGUCCCGGUCCGCAGCCACGGAGCCCCGGACCGCUUUCCCCCCGACGGCCGACCGCGUCCCCCCGCCUCCCGCACGAUGAGCGUCGGCGCUCCGAGAGGCCUGGCCAGCUCGGGGCAGAAGCCCAUCACCGAGAUCCUCCACCCGCUGUCCGCCGCCGACGAGCCGCCGCUCUCCCCGGUGCCAGAUGUCACCGUCGGCGGCCACAACCCGAGCAGCGGCGCGGCGGACAAGGACGCCGGGCUGACCAACGGCACGCCGGUGGAGACGUCGAGUCCCGCCUCGGCGUCCUCGCUCUUCAACCGGCUGCAGCUGGACGACGAGCCGGACGCCGACGCCGAGGCCGAGGCCGACGCCCACGACCCCUACGCCUCCACGGAGACCCGCGACCUCUUCGUCACGGUGGACGACCCCAAGAAGCACGUGUCCACCAUGGAGACCUACAUCACCUACAGAGUGUCCACCAAGACCACCAGGAUAGAGUUCGACCUGCCCGAGUACAGCGUGAGGCGGCGUUACCAGGACUUCGACUGGCUGAGGAUCAAGCUGGAGGACAGCCAGCCCACCCACCUGAUCCCGCCGCUGCCGGAGAAGUUUGUGAUGAAGGGCGUGGUCGACCGCUUCUCCGAGGAGUUCGUGGAGACGAGGAUGAAGGCGCUCGACAAGUUCCUGAAACGAGUCGCCGACCACCCCGUCCUGUCCUUCAACCCUCACCUGAACGCCUUCCUGUCCGCCAAGGACCUGAACAAGCGUCAGGGCCUGGCGCUGCUCACCAAGGUGGGCGAGUCGGUGAAGCAGGUGGCCGGCGGCUACAAGCUGCGGGCGCGGCCGGCCGAGUUCUGCGCCAUGGGAGAGUACCUGGACACCUUCUGCCAGAAACUGGGAACCAUCGACCGCAUCGCCCAGAGGAUCCUCAAAGAGCAGACAGAGUACCUGACGGAGCUGCGCGAGUACGGCGCCGUGUACUCCAGCUGGGCGGGGUCAGAGGACGAGCUGCGGCGCCCCCUGGAGGGCGUGGCGGGCAGCGUGAGCUCGUGCUGCGGCGCGCUGGAGGACCUGAGUGAGAACAUGAGCCAGGACUUCCUGCCCGUGCUCAGAGAGUACGUCCUCUACACGGACUCCAUGAAGAACGUCCUGAGGAAGCGAGACCAGAGCCAGGCGGAGUACGAGGGCCGCCUGGAGGCCGCCGUGCUGCGCCGACAGGAGGACCGAACGCCGGUGCCGGUGGAGGUGGAGAAAUGCCAGGACAAGGUGGAGUGCUUCAACGCCGACCUGAAGGCGGACUGGGAGCGCUGGCAGAGCAACAAGAGACAGGACUUCAAGCAGCUUCUGACCGGCAUGGCCGACAAGAACAUCCACUACUACGAGAAGUGCCAGGCAGCGUGGGAGUCUCUCAUCGCUCUGCUGCAGGACAAACAGACUGAGGACAAAACGAAUGAGACGAACUGAAACUCCCUAACAUCACUGCUGCUAUCUGUCACACACACACACACACACACACACACACACACACACACACACACACUCAAGCCAAGGAAAAGGACCAACCGGGCAGCAGGUUGAGGCGCUGGACUUUGCCGCUGCAGAGAGGAGCGCUCAGGCCGCGGAGACGAGGAGGACGCCGCCUCCCGCCGUGUACAGACGUUUGUUUCUCUCUUUGUUUUUGUUGCCCUCAUUGACUUUUUUAUACGUCCCGUCGCCAGAGCUUCUCGUCUCUCCCCGCGGCCGGCCCCGGCUGCAGCUCCAGCUCCAGCCCGUGCUCGCCGUUUGAACACGGGUCGGAGUUUUAUUUUAUUUUAUUUUAUUUUUGUUUGUUUUCCAGCAUCGGAGCCAAAUCUGAAGCCCUGGGAAACCGUGUCAGUGUGGUAACGGGGGAGCCGCCUGCCCAGGCCGGUCAUAAUAAUCUUUACGUUCCAGCUAAUAGCUUUCUGAAGGUAAACAUGUGGAUUUUGUGCAGAUUAAACAACCCAAAAAAAAUGGUGGAAAAAGGGUGGAAAAGCCGCGGAAACUCAAACUCAUCAAACUGUUGAAUUGUUGCAGCGCCUCUUGAAGGCAACGUGAGCCGCCAGCAGCUGCCCGGCGGUGAGGACGCUGCCUUUAAGAAAAACUAACCAACAAAAAAACGACGGGACGUUACACAUUUGAAUCCGAGCCCAGUUUUCUAACAGGGAAUCUUUGUUUUUCCCCCACAUUCUUUUCCUGAUUUUUUUUUUUAAAGCCGUUGCGUUUCGACAGACCUCGCUGCAGACCAGUCGCUGCAAAAGUGCCGAGGCGUCUGUUUGGGCGGGCGGCUGGACGGACGGCCGCAGGCGUCCAAACCAGACUUCAGUGACGGUUAAGAUCCUGAGCCUCUCGGAGGAAAACUCCGGCGUUUUGGUACGAAAAACCUUUAAUCCCCAGACCGAGACCAGAUGUUGGACACCGUCUCCACCUCUGGGCGUCCAGCGGUUCAGCUCCUAUGGGUAGCAUUUCUUGUUAGCUUAGCAUAAACACUUGAAGUCUAUGGGAGUCGUUAGCCUGGCUCCGUCACAGUGGAAAAAAUAAACCUCACAGCAGCUCUGAAGCUCCAAAACACACCUUGGAAUUAAAAAAAAAAAAAAAAGCAAAGGAGAGCGGUUUGAGAAGUUAAAUUAUGGUGGAUUUGUUUAAAAAAAAAAAAAAAAAAUUCUUUGUAUUCCAAAUCCACAUGAUCCAACUGUGUAGAUCAGACAGUUUCAGAGCUCCAAUUAGGCUAACGACUCCCAUAGACUUCAAGUCUUUAUGCUAAGCUAACAGGAAAUGCUACCCAAGCAGGAGCCGAAGCGUUGGGCGUCCUGAUGCAUCAUUUGGACGCCGUGUUUUCUGAUUCAUGUCUGAUUUUUUUUUUUUUUUUUUUUUUUUUUUUGAUUUUUUUGUGCCAUCGGAGGCUUCACAUCACGAGCUUGUUGCCUUGAAACGACUGACAGGAGUCGGGCCGAGUGACGGAGCUGAACGUCAGACCUCGGCCGCUUCCUCCUCCUCAAAGGGAAACGUCUGGACUUCUUUUUGAUUUUUUGAUUUUAUUUUUUUUUUGUUUGAGCUGGGAAACGGCAGGAAGGCUGAGCUGCAGGGAACGAUGACGACACCGACGGGAGUGUCCGAGUUUCUGUCUCCAUCAGGGAACUGCUGGUUUUCACUGAACGCAGGUUUUUUUUUUUUGUUUGUUUUUUUUUCUGAUUGCUUCGGCACUGUCUUUGAGACUGGAGGCUGUUUUCUGCAAAACUCCACACGCAAACCACAACACCUGACAGCGAGCCGAGCCGGCACAGCGUCACGCAGCUCUUUCAAAAGCAAACAGAUGUUUUGAGUCAAUACAACACACACACACACACACACACACACACACACACACAAUUGGCAAAACAGUGCGGCAAUGCAGAGAGCAGUGUUUCUAAUUUUGCGGUGUGUUAUGAAAUCACAGGUGGAGUCGGUGCGUUGGGUUUGACUCACCUGGUGAAAACAGCAGCUGCAGGUGUUUGUGGUUUCAGAGGCGGAGCUUCAGGAGUCACCGUGUGUGUGUUUUUAAGCAUUCAGAAAAAAAAAAAAAAAACUGUGAGUGAGAGAACACAGGAGGAGAGACGUGAGCGGCUCAGCAGUGACACCUGGUGGCCGCUCAGAUAACUCACCUGUUGGGGGAAACACACAGAGCUCAGUGCUCUCUUCUGCUUUCUGUUACAUGUUUUUGUUAUUAAUGAAAUACUCAAAAACAAAAAAAAAACAACAACUUUAGAGUCGUUCCUCUAAAGUGUCUGAUCCAAACUGUUUCCACCUGCCAUAAUUCAUCAAGAAAAUGUCUUGUUUUUCCUUCUUUGUUUCCUUCUUUUUAUUAUUAUUAUCAUUUUCAUCCCAGUUUCAUGUCUGCUGCUUCCAGAUGUUGCCGUAAAGGAAAAAAAUCCACCCUUUGGUCACCUUUUACGCCGCUGGAAAACAGUGCAGGAGUUUUUUUUUUUUUUUCUGUUGUAAUGUGUUGGGAUUCCCACUUUCCCUCAGACCGUCUCAUUUAUUUCUACUUCAGGUCGUGAUUUCCCCCAAACCUCCUGUCCGCUGUGUGCUUGCAGGUGUGGGGAAGGAAAAAGGGAGAAAGCAGAAAGGGAGAGAGUUUUCUGUUUCUUGCGGUGGAGAAACCUCACGUUAACGUCGCUGAAACGUGUCGGCGUCUCGUGUGACCGGCUACAAGCAGGGAAAAUGAAAAUGCCUCACCAGACAACAAAAUGAACACAGGGAAUUAAUUUACAGGUGAUAUUUGGGGCAAAAAAGGUACUACAGGUGUGAUUUUAGGGUGGAUUUUCCCUUAAAUAUGAAUAAAAAUGCAGCGAAACAGUGACACCUGGUGGUCAGCAGGAGUUACUGCAUCACCUGACGAGCGCUCUUUCCCCGUUUUAGAAAUAAAUUGAGUAUUUUAAGUGAGGGCUUUUAAUCCUGUUGGAUUAUUUCCAAGCAGAAAAGCCGCUGGAGAUGGAAAAAGAUGUUUUUGAAUAAAUCAGAACAUCAGAGAUAUUAUUUAUCAGCCAACUAGGCAUUAUUUAAAGCUCCGCACCGGCUCAUUUGAAUUUGGUGUUUUUUUGGGGUUUUUUUUUUCCCCAUCAUAUUGUUGCUUUAUCGUCACACUCAGCACGACGUAGCUAAAACGUGACCAAAGUCGACUCGGUCAUGUGACACCACGACAGAUUUAUGAAGACGCCGAUUUUAACUGUUUGAGGCACAGAUCGAAGGAAAAACCAUACCUGUGUUGUUUUUUUUUUUUUUUUUUUUUUUUUUGCUUCAGAUGUUUGUGUAUUAUUUGUGUUAAAAUGUUUUAACGCGGUGGAAAUCAGGCCUGAUGUUGCCAGAUGUGUCCAGAGUGAAGCUGCUGAUUUGGGGUCAGUGUGACGCUGACUGCAGCCCGUUUGUCCAAAUCUGUACAAACGGCCUUCACGUCAUCAUCAUCAUCAUCAUCAUCAUCAUCGUCUUGGUCUGUGAGUGAAGCUGCCGUUCAAAACUUGGGAUGUUUUCGUCUGCACAUUUUUUUAUUUUUUUUUUUGUUAGAUUUAAUUUACAAAGAUGCUCAAAAGGAAACAAAGACACGCCUUCUGACCUGUUUCACUCCUUUACCAAAAAAAAAAAAAAAAAUGCCAACUUCCAAUUUGACUACAAGAGAGAUUUACUAUUCACAGAGCAUAGCUGAUGAAAAAAAUAAAGAAAGAAAAAUAUCUGGUUAGCAGCUGGCAUGUCAGAAAACCAUCAGGUUGUGUGUCACAUGGCUCAGCAUGGCAGGCUAACCGCUAACAAAUGCUUUUUUUUUUUUUUUUUUUUUUUUAAACCACUGCACUGAUUUUUAGUUCAUUAAAAAACAUGUUUUUCAUAUAUAGACAAAUGUCAGAAUGUCAAAUUAUGUUGAAGGAAUUAGCAAAUUAGGAAAAUCCCAUUCCUUUAAUUGAUGUAUUGGCUCGGUUUGGAUUAUUUCCACAGACCACAAACUGGAUAAAAGAUAGAAAAUAAAAUGAUCGGGGAAAUGUGAGGGAGAGCUGACUGAAAAACCCUCGAGGGCCUUGAAAAGUGGCGUUCUCCUCGCAGAAGAUCACAGGAAGUAAACACACACAAGCACCUUUGGCUCAGACCAGCGCCUUAAAAAAAAAAAAACAACAACAAAAAAACCCACAAACAUUUUGCUGAUUUGUGGAAAAAGUAAAUGAGUCAGAGUGAAAGCGAGGGCUGGCAUCGUGCGGCCGCAGAUCGGUUUGUCAGCAGUUCCGUCCAAACCGGGGCCUCCGAAGCUUUUUGGUCAAAUGGAGUUUCAUUAUUAUUAUUAUUAUUAUUAUUUAUUUUGUUUUGUUAUGUUGGUGUGUGUCACAUGACCGAUGAGGACACGGCUUUCCCUAGAGCUUCAAAAUAAAGUAUGAAGCAGCUUUGGUUUCGGCUCAUUCACAGAGACUCAGGCCCUUAACACAAGGUUCACUUUUUUUUUUUUUUUUUUUUUUUUGAGACGUUUUGAAUGCAGCCGGUUAAAUCCCAGAGACAGAGGCUUCAUGCGAGGCAGCUGCAGCGGCGACGAACCGAUCAGCUGAUCAGUCGAUUCCGGUCUCAGUUGUCCAUCAGAUGCUUUAAUAAAACCCCCAAACCCGCAGCUUCGUUAAAGGGCCGCACCGGUUCCUCUGCAUGUUCAGGGUUCCCUCUCCAGAACGUUCCUGCUGAUCGAACAGGGCGGCGGCUUCAGCCUCAAACUCACACCUUGACUCUGUGUUUUGGGCCAAACAUGAAAACUCACCGGGACGCUCCUUUAAAACAACAAAGAUUUGCUCACUUGUCUCCAUAUCACUGCAAAAUUAAUACUCAAGGUUUUUUUUUAGCUUUAUUUUCGGUAGUUUACAGACUAAAUGAUCGGUACUUUCAGACACAGGAGAAUAAAUGUCCAAUAAUAAUAAUAAUAAUAAUCCAAUAAUAAGUUGAUUUUUGGAUAUCAUUUUUGGACGGUUUGACCAGUCAAGUUGCUUUAAUUCAGUUUUUUCUACUGGAACCUGGUCAUCAUUAUUAUCAUCUUUAUUAUUAUUUAUUUUACCUUUUUUUUUUUUUUUUUUUUUUUUUUAAAGAGAACCACAGUGUUACGUCGGCCUCUCCGGCUAAAUGAAGUUAAAUGAAGCCGUUUUUAGGUUCAGACUCAACAACUGAAAUUUCUUUUCUUUAACGGCAACAUGGCCACUAUAACGAGCAGCUGAAUAUGUGUAUUUACCUGUGUGUGUGUGUGUGUGUGUGUGUAUCAGCUGAGUGUGUUUCUGCGGUCAGAAGCAGCUCGUUAAUCCAAACGAAGUGAAGGACAGAUUAACACGUGGAUUAAUCCGAACUCUCCCGCCUCGCCUGCUGCCGCUGUCGAAGCCCCGCCCGGCCCGCCCCGCCUGCUGGUUUAUCGUUGCACUAAAAGCUCAGUUUCCAGAAGGGGGCGCUCCUGGUGGGAGGCGUGACGGGGAUUAAGUUUCACCCUCGUUAAGAAGCGAGAGAUGACGAGAAAACUUGCGACUCAUAUUCAGUGAUGAAGUCUUGAUUUUCUUAAAAGUGCGGGGAAAAAAAAAGUUUGAAUGUGUUGAAACGAGGCGGAAUGAGGCAGAUCAGCCAAUCAGGACCAAGAAAAUUCUGCAGACGAGUUGAUUUAGUGUUGGAAACCAGUGGGAUUAGCUAAUCUGUGUAGCGGGUUGCGUUAAUGGUUUUCAUUCUUAUUAAAAGCGAGCAGAUUCUGCUGACGUCUUUCAAACACUGGGGAGAAAGACAACGAGCGACUUAACAUCAAAUCAGAAGAAAUUAUUAAAAGAUUACGAAAAAAAAUGACCUAAAAUUUGCAACCAAAAAAGAGAGGAAAAAAGUAAAAAA